AUGUGUGUCAGGUUAAACUGCGCCGCAUCGACGGUACGCACUGGAGCCGCUUUCUAUGCUCCUUUCGGAAUUGAAUAUUCAGAGUUUGUUGCUCAAGAUGAGCAAGGCUACAACAUUAUGCAGCACUAUGAUCUCCUGGCCAAUUUGGCGAACGCAGUGGCUGAAAAGAAGGGCCGGCUUUUUGUACAUUGCGAAGCUGGAGUGAACCGCUCAGGAAGCCUAUGUUUGGCCUACCAUGCAGCGACGUCCGGCAUGACGCUGCUUGAAAGUGCUCAGCAUUGCAAAGCCCGACGGGGGCGCAUUUGCACCAAUCCGGCAUUCCAGUUACAAGUCUUUGGCUUUGCACGCAAGCAUCAGCUGCCACUUUAG